CCAAUCUGAAGUGUUUGUAUGAUAAUUGAUAGGCGUGGAACGUGGAAAAACCUUGCAAUGGAUGAUCAAUGGCCCAACACAAGAAUGGGCCGGAUCAAAUGCUGAGUAAGGCUAUUAUCGUCCUUCCCCAGCUUUACGGCUGAGGUUUUUCUUCCAACUUCCAAGUGCCAUGGCUAGCAAGCAAUUUUUUUGUUCAAGGUUUUAGAGCUUCAAUUAAGCUCCCAGUUCAAGAAAACGAACGGAGAAGGAAACGGAAAGGUGGAGGCAAAAUGAUGAUUGCUGCUGCUUCUUCAACGCUGCUCCAGCAUGUUAGCUCCGUCUCAGUCGCGAACAUCGUCCGGCCAGGCUUCCGUUCCCUCUCAGCUGCCUCAGCUCGCAACCUAUCCACAGCCGCCGCGGCGGCAGCUGCUUCGUCGUCGCCUCGUUCACUUUCAGCUGCACAGUCCGAUACGCGCGUCCUCCUUGGCUUGUCCGAACCUGAACUUCAACAGUUAGCUGUUGACCUCGGCCAGGAAGGCUACAGAGGAAAGCAGCUUCAUCACUUGAUAUACAAAAGAAAAGUGAAGGAAGUAGAUGAUUUUAGCCAGUUGCCCAAGGCAUUUAGAAAUGUUCUUCAAGAAGCUGGGUGGAAAGUUGGGCGGUCUCCAAUCUUUCGAACUGUUACGGCUGCUGAUGGUACUAUUAAGUUAUUGAUCAAACUCGAAGACAACAGACUGAUUGAAACUGUUGGCAUCCCUGUGAACGAUGAUAAAGGUUUAACUCGCCUAACUGCAUGCGUCUCAUCACAGGUAGGUUGUCCGCUCCGUUGCUCAUUUUGUGCCACUGGUAAAGGAGGGUUUUCAAGGAAUCUUCAGGCACAUGAGAUUGUUGAACAGGUAUUGGCUAUUGAAGAGAUCUUCAAGCACAGAGUGACAAAUGUAGUAUUCAUGGGAAUGGGUGAACCAAUGUUGAAUCUGAAGGCAGUACUUGGAGCACACCGGUGCUUAAAUAAGGAUGUUGAAAUUGGGCAAAGAAUGAUAACAAUUUCUACAGUUGGGGUUCCAAAUACAAUAAAGAAGCUGGCCUCCCAUAAGCUUCAAUCAACCUUGGCUUUCAGCUUACACGCUUCAAAUCAGAAACUCAGAGAGACAAUAGUGCCAAGUGCUAAAUCAUAUCCUCUGGAUGCAAUAAUGCAAGACUGUAAGGACUACUUUCUCCAAACCAGUAGGCGGGUAUCCUUCGAAUAUGCACUUUUAGCUGGAGUGAAUGAUAAGACAGAGCAUGCCGUAGAACUAGCUGAGUUAUUGCAGAAUUGGGGACGCAAUUAUCAUGUCAACCUCAUACCAUUCAAUCCAAUUGAAGGAUCUGAUUAUCAACGUCCAACUAAAAAGGGGGUGCUAAAUUUUGCUUCCACACUAGAGGCGCGUAAAGUAACUGUGAGCAUUCGUCAACCAAGGGGGAUGGAUGCGAGUGCAGCUUGUGGUCAGCUAAGAAAUCAGUUCCAGAAAAGUCCUUUGCUCACUGAUUCAGAAAUCUCGCCACCACCUGAGACCGAGCUUGCACUAGGUGGUGUUAUGAGGAGGUACAGCCCGCCGUACUAUAGCCCUCCGAGGAGAGGAUAUGGAGGUCGACCAAGGAGUCCGCCUAGGAGAGGUUAUGGAGGUGGUGGUGGUGGUGGAGGAGGAGGUGGUGGUGGCGGCGGCGGUGGAGGUUAUGGUAGGCGAAAGGACAACCAAGGCAGCCUCUUGGUCCGUAAUAUUCCUCUUGAUUGCGGCCAAGAAGAACUUAAGGCUCCAUUUCAGCGGUUCGGGGCUCUAAGAGAUGUGUACAUUCCAAAGGACUUUUACACAGGGGAACCUCGAGGCUUUGCAUUCGUCCAAUUUGUGGAUUCGUAUGAUGCCCUGGAAGCUCAGCGUCGAAUGAAUGGACAAAUAUUUGCUGGCAGGGAGAUAUCCGUGGUGGUUGCUGCAGAGUCCAGGAAAAGGCCUGAGGACAUGCGCCAUAGAACUCGGACUAGGGGAGGAGGUCGCGGGGAGAGAUCAUCUUAUUAUGGUACACGGCGCUCUCGGUCUCGUUCGCUGUCUCGCUCUCCUCACCAUCACGGAUCAAGGUCUAGAUACCGUUCAAGGUCCUACUCUCCUCCUGCUCCAAGACACCGCCGAGACUACUCGCCGGCCUCACCAGGUAGGAGGCACCCUAACCCUCCAGUUCGAUCUCCGUCGAGAUCUCCAUCUCCCAGAGGUCCUGCUCCGCCUGAACGAGACAUUGGCCGCGGCAGGCUAUCAUAUUCCCCUCAGGGUUAUGGCAACCCAGACAAUCUAGACAAUAAAGGGAAUGGCUACGCUGAGAAACAUGACCAUGGCCUGGAGGAAGAAAGAGCGUGGAGAAGGCCACCUUCACCUGGCCGAAGGCCUGCCGUCGCCAUGUCGAGUUCCCCACCAGGUUCUAGAUCAAGGUCUCCCAUCCCGUCCCCGGGCCGCCGCCAUGGCAGAUGAUUGAUGAUCUAGCACCAUCCGCCAUCAUCUGAAGAGCACUCUUGCUACCUGCAUUGUAUGAUAAACGAAUCAAGUAGAAACGGCGUUUGGAUGGUCCUUGUUGUUUGACAUGGUUUGUCGUCUGCGCACAGAUGAAACUCUCUUUCUCUGUCAAUGCAAUAUCGGAGUAAGAAUGUUUCCAUCUUCAUGGUGAAUAGGUUUAUGGCUUUUCUUUAUCCAGAUGUCAAAAUUGCCACGCCGUUGGAACUACGCUACCCAACGACGUGUUAUUUUCAUUUUUGUUUCUUUGCCCUACGUGAGAAUGUUUACAUCUGGGUUAGGAAAUGCUAGAGUGACCGGUGGUCGUUCAUUCCUUCGACGGCAGAUGCGUUUGACAAGCGUUGUUUCCAGCCUCUUCGUUAUCUCUUUUCCAAGGUAAGUUCUGUCGGCAUCCGUCUGAACGAAGCAGUGACGUGUGCACCUGUCGUCGGAGUCUGAAGUGGCCGGCGCCGGCAGGGGGACGGAAACAGGAGGGGAACAGACAAACGGCUGACUUGCCCAGCAAGUAACUUGGUAAUCUUGUGAGGUCCAUUAAUAAAUCAUAAUAAUAAACAAUAAAUAUUAGCGCCACCGUGACGUGAUUCUGCAAGGAAGGUCGUUGUUUUCAAGGGUGGAAAUUUGUCUGUCUCCUGGCGAGAUGGGGACGGGGGCAAUUUGCUUAGUGUCCUGUCGAUCCUUAAUUAUUGUCCGUUCGAUGGUAUCGGAGGUGGUCAGAUGUGGCACGUUUCCUUUUUAUUCAUUCCAAAAGCUUUUAGUUUUUUUAUUUUUUUAUCCAAAUAAAAAAUAAAGUAAAGCAUUUUUAGGGGUUCUCAAGUUGUGGGGACUAUUCC